AUGGCGAACCCCACCGACAAACGGUUUUUUCAGCUGACACUCGCUAUUCAAAAGGCGAUUAAUGCUAACGAGACUCCUGUGAAAGAAAAACAUGUUCGGAGUGCAAUCAUCGGCACCUUCCAAGAGCAGAGCGCAGUCACUUACUGGAUGGUGGCAAUCCGUCUGCCGAUACAAGAUAACCGCAUCGUGGCAUGGAAGUUCUGCCAUGUCACACACAAACUGCUGCGGGAGGGUCACCCGGCCUGUCUCGACGACUCACAGAGGCACAUUAAUAUGAUCCAGAACCUGGGCAAGUUGUGGGUACAUUUACGAGAAGGUUACGGAAAACUGGUUCAUUUGUACUGCAAUCUGCUAGUGUGCAAGCUAAAGUUUCACUCGCGCAACCCGCGCUUCCCAGGGAACAUGCUACUUACCGCCGAUGAACUCGACGCGAUCGCUGAAAACGAUGUUAAUAAUUAUUUCCAAUUGUGCGUUGAAUUAUUCGACUACAUGGAUGAAAUUCUUAACUUGCAAGCUUCAGUGUUCGACAGCCUGGGCAAUGCUCGAGCGAAUUCCAUGACAGCGAGCGGCCAGUGUCGGCUGGCCGCUCUGAUACCAUGUGCGCAAGACGCGUCGCAGAUAUACGACUGUAACGUGCGGCUGCUGUUCCGAUUGCACGCCUCCUUACCGGCCGACACGUUAUCUGGACAUCGAGAAAGAUUUCGACAGCAGUUCAAGAAACUGAGUUCUUUCUAUAAACACGCGAGCAGUUUGCAGUACUAUAGGAACUUGCUUACGCUGCCCGUGCUGCCGUCGAACCCUCCUAACUUCUUGCUACAGAGCGACUUUGGCACGUACGUUACGCCGGUCGUAUCGAUACCAGAGCCGUCUCCAGAUGAGAUAGACGCAGUCGCAUCACUUAUCGACACUUCUGAUACAAUUAGUCAGGCACCUUCGGAUAACACGGAGGACUUCGAGCCUCGCAUGUCAGGCAACACCACACCACAGCCCGACCCUAUCGUAGAGAGAGACCGACUCAUCGAUCACUUGCAAAACGAGCUCAAGAGGAUGAGGUCAGAAGUAUCACAGCUGGUACAAGAAAGGAACACAAUGAUAGGCUCAAUGCGUGAACAUUGUACGAGAAUAGAGUCACAACUGCAGACCGCGAAAGUUCAAUUAGAAGAAGAAAAACAGAGGGCGGAACUAUUGUCUGUACAGACACCAGAAAUAAAACAAAAACUCACCGAAACAGAAGAAAAAGCGAAAGUACAAGACGAAAAAUUCCAGAAAUUAAAAGGAGCGUACACUCAAUUAAGAGAAGAGCACAUUGCACUAAUUAGACAGAAAGCUGAAGUAGAUAAAUUAUCUGCAAGCUUGAAAGCGGCGGCCGCGCAACAUGAAAGUGCCAAAUUUGCUUUACAACAACAAUUAAAUGACAGAAUGAAGGAUGUGGAAUUAUUACAACAAAGUGCUUCAUCGAGCGAAGAGAUAGAAGCCUAUAAAAGCCAAAUAACAAAUCUUCGUGCCGACAUCGAACAAACCAGACAGAAAGAAGUUGAAUUAGAAACAGUACGAGCUGCGAUGGAAGCUUUAGAAAUAGAACAUAAAACCGCUACUAAAGAACAGGAAGAAAAAAUUACAACAAUUACUAGUGAGUUAAAAGAAACGGCAGAGAAUUUGGAAAAACUUAAACAAGAAAAAGAAGAACGAGAGUCUGAGUUAGUGAGGGUCAAGGAAGAAUUGGUAGGACUUAGGGACAAGAGUAGUGAUGAAUACAAAAAGGUAGUGCAAGAAAGAGAAGCUGCAUUGAGCCAGAUAGCUGAAUUAAGACAACAGCAUUCACAAGAAAAAGAGGAACUAAGUCGAUUGAACAAGAGCAUUAAUGAUUUGCAAUCGGAAUUAGAUAAUUUACAACAGAAAAUUAAAAUAUCUGAAUUUGAUUACGAGGCUGAGCGGCAAAAGUUAAAUCAAGAAAUAACGAAAAAAAGUGAAGAAAUAAAUGAUAUUGUUAAUGAAAAAGAUUCUGCAGUGAAAGAAGCAUUCGAAAAACUUAAUAGUUUAGAGCAAGAACUGAAAACUAAGGUUAUAGAAGUGUCCACUCUACAAGCCCAAGUUGAUGAAUUACUUGAAUACAAGAAAUCGUCAGGAGAUUUAAAAACUGAAUUAAUAACAGAAAAGAAAGCUGUAUCAGAUCAACUAAGGAUAGAGUCCGAAGAAAAAGAAAAGGCUUUAGAGAAUUUAAAGGAAAAGUUAGAAUAUAUCAGGGAUUUAGAAGAUAAGUUAAAAUACAUGGAGCUUGACAAAAAUUUCGAGAUUGUAGAACUACAUGAAGACUCACAGAAACUCAUUGAUGAGAAAAAUGAAGAAGUUGAUGCCUUAAAAGAACUUAUCACCGAAAAAGACGAAUUUCUUGAAAAACAAAGGUCUGAAAAUGAAACGUUGUCAAAACGUGUCUUUGAACUUACACAAAGCAUCGCACUUAAAACUGCUGAAAUAACAGAUCUUAAUGUAAAACUCGAUAAAGUUGCAUCGGACUUACAAGAGCAGAAAGCUGAAUAUGAAAAUCGUUUAAGAGAAUCUAACGUUCAAGAUACAAUAUUAAAAGAUAAGUUACAAAACGUAAUAGAGUCUAAAGAUGAAAUGGUUGCCAAUUUAAAAAGUAUGAUUGCUGAAAAAGACGAACAAGUUAUAUCCCUUAAUAUUAACUUAACAAAACUUUCGGAGGAAAAUUCAAGGCUUAAAGAUGAGUUAGAAGAGACUAAGGCUGAGUUAGAAAUAAGCAACGGUGAAUUAUUUAGUUUAAAAGAAGAGCAUGAAGCACUCGUUGAAAGUAACGAAGAUAAUUUGCUUUUAAAAAAUCAAGAACUCAGAAAGUUACAUGAUGAAAUUAAGGAUGUUACUAGAAAAAAGGAAGCAUUAGAAAUUGAAAACGAUAGGUUAACUAAGGAACUUAAUACUAAGACAGAGGUAUUGGAAAGUAGAAUUUUAGAAGUAAAACAAUCUAAUAAAGAAUUAGAAACCAGUCACGACGAAGUAAAAUACGAAAAAGAAUUGCUAGCGAUUGAACUAAACAAUGAAUUGGAAAAAUUAAAAAUGAACUACAAGCAUUUAAAAGAGGAUAAAGAAAAUGAAGAACAGACUCUCAAUGAUAAAAUUCGAGAUCAAGAAUCAUUUUACAAGAAGGAGCUUUCUCAAAAGAACGAAGCCAUCGCUGAGGCUGAUUUGAAUUUAAAGAAAAUGAGAGAAGAGUUGGAAAAAUUACAAACACUAGUAAUGAAGGAGAGGACCGAUAUGGAAGUUAUAUUAUCUGAAAAAGACAUUGGAAAACAGGACAUGUUGCAACAUAAUACAGUACUAGAGGCCGAUUUAGCGGCUAUCAAGAAACAGCUGCAAGACGCGAAGAAAGCUUUGGAGAAGCAGUCAUCGCGCUUGGUAACUUGUGUGGGCGAGGUAGCACUAGAAGUUACAAACGAAGCAAUCACGGCGUUUGAAAACGCGAACGCUCAAGAAACAAUCAAAAACUCAGCUGAGUUAGCUGCCAAAGCGCUUGAACAACUCGCUAGACACAAAGACGUAUCGGGAAAUGAAGAGUCUAUUGCGAAGUCGGCAAUAGUAGCAGCUCACAACACUGCACAGCUCUCCUCCUACGUAGUCGACGUCUCUAAUAUCUCCACCAACAUAGAGUUGUCUGAUAAAUUACACAACGAAUGCCGUUCAAUGUUAAGUGCUACCAAAGAAUGCUUAGACUCAAUCAAGAUGGGGUCACUAGUCAGCUCGAAGUGCUCUAACGCGCAGAGUUUAGUUCGAUCGAUGAUGACAUCAGCGGCUGCGGCCGACAGACAGAACAUUGGGGCGAGGAGCGUGGAUGAUGAACUUGCCGACAUGGAUCGGGCUAUUGAGGAGGCUGCCUCACAGAUUGAGAGCAUGCUAGCAGCCACUCGAGCGGGCGACUCUGGUGUAAAACUCGAAGUGAACGGCAAAAUCUUGGACGCGUGCACAACACUAAUGGGUGCAGUGAAAAUACUUGUACAAGAUGCCCGCAAAUUGCAGAACGAGCUCGGCGAUCCUAAAACAAGGCAAAAAAUGUACAGGAAGAAUCCUCAGUGGUCAGAAGGAUUGAUAUCGGCGGCCAAAGCGGUUGUUUUUGCUGCGAAGUUACUUGUUACAUCGGCGGACGAAGCCGUGGGCGCGUCGGGUCAGGUGGAGGGAGUGUCCGCGGCGGCGCACGAGGUGGCGGGCAGCACGGCGCAGCUCGUGGCGGCGUCGCGCGCGCGCGCCCCGCCCGAGUCGCCCGCGCUGGCGCGCCUCACGCAGGCGUCGCGCCACGUCGCCGCCGCCACCGGCGCGCUCGUCGCCGCCGUCAAGGCGGGCUCCGCCCUCGUGCUCGAGCAAGAUUCGCUGGACACGUCGUCUCUGUCGCUGACGGCCACGCGGCGGCUGGAGAUGGAGAGCAAGGUUCGGUCGCUGAAGCUGGAGACGGCGCUGGACGCCGAGCGCGCGCGUCUCGCGGCGCUGCGCAAGAGACACUACCAGCUCGCACAGCAAGAAGAGAAUGGAAAUGUAGAAAACGGAAAAGAUUGA